UCCUCUAUAUAUCUCCGGUAAGUUUCCCCCGUGCUUUCAGUGCUAGUUUUCCACCCUACCGAGCGUACUUAAAUCGCAGACAGCCUUAACGCGUUUGGUAGUUAUAGAUAGCGGACAGAUAAGUGUGCCCUCUGGCUACAUUGUGCUUAAACUCAUGGCAGUCCUGACACAAAUCCCUGCGGCUAUUUAACGGUAGUCUGGGAAGGAUUGCGCGGGGAGGCGAAGACACCAGGGGUCAGAGAUUGGCGUUAUGUCUUCCUGGCGUCUGGAGUAAAUGAUGUCGGGCGGCACUUAGGGCGGCCGCGCCAAUCUGUUCAAGUCGUAACGCGCGGUCGAUGUCGGUGAAAUUUUUCUUAGCGACAAUACGGCAAUUGGUGUGACUCACUGCGCGACAAUCUGAGGCUGAUAAUAACGGUUGCACCCUGCCACCCCUGUGGGGUCGUGGACGUGGUCUAGCCCAAGGGCGACUUCCUUAUAAGGCACGGGAGGCAAGCCCAGGGUGGAGGCAGGGGGAGGGCUAUUGGGAUCAGAUGAUGUCAUGGCGGAAGUAAAUAUAUACAAGGGGUCCUUCAGCGAGGUCACAUCAUUUCUCUUGUAGGGAAGGCUGCUGCAGCGACGAGCCGGCACGAGGCAACGCCGAGAAGAAGGGAAUUUAGGAGCCGCCCGCCGAACUUGGACCUGAGAGAAAAGUCAACAAACUUGCGGACUGCCGUCUUGGCGAAGAAGAGGCCUCUGGCGAGCGGUGGCCGACUCAGCUGACAGACUCGCUGCUGGGCGGUUUUUAUACGACUUUUGCAGCUGGAAUUUCUUCUGCACAGGGAGUCUGCGGACCGCACAUUCACGGAUGGAACUACCGGAGACGCUGUACUGUGUUCUCCUCGGCCUGGCCGCGCUGGUGCUCCGAGCCGUGCCGACCCCCGUGCCGCUGACGACCGUCAGACCCACCGUCAACCCGCAGCAAGGCUUGAAAUACCUGCAGAAGUUUGGGUACCUCCCGUCGGCCUCGGGACAGACCGGCGGGCUGCAGGCACAGGGCAACCUCAACAAGGCUAUCAGGCAGUUCCAGCGCUUCGCACACAUCAACAUAACAGGCGAACUUGACGAGGCAACGCUGGAGAUGAUGACGAAGGAGCGGUGCGGCGUGGCGGACAUCGUGGGGACAGCCAACAGCGCCAGGAAACGGAGAUACGCCAUCCAGGAAGGCAACCUUUCCCUAUCGCCGUCAGCGGACAUCACGCAACCCUAUGACUAUGUUUCGUACCAGGGAAGCAGAUGGCGCAAGCACGACCUUACGUACAGGAUCUCCGCCUACACUCAGGACCUACCCGCCUUCGAAGUGGAAUCGGCCGUGGAAAAAGCUUUUCAGGUGUGGGCCCGGCACACGCCCCUGACGUUCACCCGGAUCUACUGGGGCCGGCCGGACCUUGACGUGAAGUUCUCGGUGGGGGAGCACGGGGACGGCAACCCGUUUGACGGCUCGGGAGGCGAGCUGGCGCACGCCUUCUUCCCGCAGUACGGCGGCGACGCGCACUUCGACGACGGCGAGACCUGGACGGUCCGCACGCCUGGAGGUGAUCCUUUGUGCAUAAACUCAACAUGUACGGACCUGUUCAUUGUUGCUGCGCACGAGUUCGGGCACAGCUUGGGUCUGGGGCACUCGGACGUGCGGGGUUCGCUCAUGGCGCCGUUCUACCAGGGGUACACUCCCGCCUUCACGCUGCCGCCUGACGACGUGGAGGGCAUUCAGAACCUCUACGGAGUUGCUGAUAUAGACCGGCCCAGCCCUCACCCGCGACCACGGCCCCCGUCAAAUGACGUAGACGUGCCCGACUACGACGCGAGGGGCACCGUGGACCCAACCACCUGUUCCGGGCACCUGGACGCCAUCACACGCACCAAGAACGGCUCCACCUACGCCUUCGCAGGAGAGUUCUUCUGGAGACUGAACGACAUCGGCCCUGACCCCGGAUACCCCAUGAGAAUAAACGAUAUCUGGGGCGUGUCUGGACCAAUAGACGCUGCUCUCUUCUGGCCAAGUACCGGCAAAACGUACCUCAUACAGGGUGAGCGGUAUUGGCGGUUCACUAACGCGGUUCUAGAUGAAGGAUAUCCCGCCAGUAUGGAGAGGUUCCGAGGAGUGCCAACUCACGUGGACGCUGCCUUCGAGUGGGGCCGAAAUGGGAAAACCUACUUCAUCAAAGGUAACCAGUACUGGCGGUACUCCAAAGGCUGGGGUGUGGAUGACGGGUACCCGCAGCCCCUGUCGGUGUGGACGGGGCUCCCCGACAGGAUAGACGCAGCCUUCCAGUGGAAAAACGGAAAAACUUACUUCUUCCAGGGAGGCCGAUACUGGAGAUUCGACGAUGACAAUUUAAGGGUUGCCGAGUCUGACCCACAGUACCCCCGCUCCACGGCAGAGUGGUGGCUGGGCUGCCCGUUGCAGCAGGAGCCUGACUGGGUAGGUUCCCAGGACGGGGAGGCACCCGGGACGGACAGCACCGACCAGCCCGCGGACGGAGCCAAGGACCAAAUGAACGGUCUGGUGGGAGGGAGCGACGCGUCCCGGGUGUCAUGGCGGGGCAGCCUGACGUCAUUGUGUGUUCUAUUAUCACUCUGGUUCUCUCGGACGAUACAAAACGCGCACUGAUGAUCGCUUUCUCAAUAAUCAUUAAUGUCGUAACUGUCAGUCUAGCUUCUUUAACAACCAAUGAUUCUCAGUAGAUCUAGAUGUCAUUCGGAGUAGAUGUACAAAUGUUACUGAGGUGUGACGAUAGCAAUGUGUAGACGAACCACACACUAAGCGUGCGGAAACAUGGAAGGGCUAGAUAGGAUAACGUCAACUCACCUGUAAAUAGUGUACAUUUUAACUUGUGUGGAUGCAUGUCCUCCGUUGUUGUUCCCUGAGUACCACACCAUUGUCUCGAUGUGACCAACACGUAGGUAGCAGCUCAAAUCAGCGUCUUAUUGACUCCUAUUGGAGAUGAUGAUAGACAGCAGAAAUUGACCAAUUAGGAUUUAUGAUUAACUUUCGACUGGACAUUGUAAAAUAGCAUCCGAUGAAUUUGGUAGGCUGAGUGAAAAUUUUGAAUCAACAACUAUAUUACACGAUGAUGCGACAGUUUCACGUGACGUGGGCAAAUCACCCUCUUCGGGGCAUGAAACGGUUUAACGUUUCAAGUAAAGCAUUUCGAUGUUAAUCGUACCACCCCACCCCCUAACAUUAGCAACAGAUGGAACUCAACUCAACUGUCCUUUGGUAGCUGGAUCAAUGAGUUCGUCGAAUUUUAGAUUUGUACGCCGUUAUUUAGCAUUGCUAAGAUAUUGCCAAGGUAGCCCGCUAGCUCUAUAGUUGCCAAAUCUCAUUCAUCUCAAUAACUUAUUCAGACAUUGGUAGUACAAUGCAAUACUUUUCUCACUUUCUAUUGAAAGAGUAUUUUUGUAAUGCGUAAUAUGACGCCCAGUACGCUGAUUUGAUAGAUUGCCAAUAGCUGUACAUUUACGCCCCUGAACGAGUUACAGUGAAAUAAUCUAAUCUAAUUUGCUAUGCUUUUGUGAGAUCAUUUGCUAAAUAUUACGUAAGCCGCCGAGAUGCUUCAAAUGUUUAACAGAAGUUCCCUAAUAAUAGGGUCACGCCUGCAUCUGUAUAACAGGCAAUAUCCUGCCUCCGUGAGUGUGAAACGUGUAUGUGAUGCGUUACUUAAAAUAUAUUAUUUUGAUCCUAACUAGGGUUUUAAAAAUUGGUUACAUCUCUGUAUACGUAUGUUCUCCUAAGUAUGUCUGUGUAUUUAAAAGAUUUCGCCAGGAGCAUAGUUCGUAAGCAGUAUUAGUGAGACUAGGAUGAGCCUGUGUAUGUGUAGGUAUGAUAGAUUUGCUUGUGCUGGGCUGGACCCACCAUUAGUUCAUUUGUGUUCAUCGUAUGUGGAUAUGUUUCUUCAGUCAGUAGGCCUGUUGUCCAACAGGUGUUCUCUACGUGAAAUAAAACUUGAUUAUAGGAAACCGUG